AUGACUCCAGUGAGUCAUUGCUCCGUUGGCAGUAUCAGCCUGUUUCACAUCGGAAGCUUCAGGACUAGCCGAGAAAUCCAAAUUAGAAAAUUCCAGGGCACAGCGAGGUAUUCGAGAGUAGCAUCGCCGUUGCCUCGGAGACUGCUGCAGCCACAGACAGCGUUCCACCUGAUCAGUAUCUACAAGAGAAGAAGCUGGUCCUCUGCCCAGAGGCCAAGAACCUUGUCCGCAGCGACCGUGGGGACUGAUAUCACGGUGGAGGAUCAGAAUCCGUCUCCUUCGGGAGAAAUCUCCAAUGAAAACUCUGAGGUUGCACCUGACGCCGUUGAAGCGAGCGAAGAGGCCGAGGCUAGCAUUGGACAAGCUUCUUCUCCUCGCAAGUUGGGACGCAACAUUCGGAAGAGCGAGAUGCCUCCGCUGAAUGAGGAGGAUCUGGUGCCUGGCGCAUCUUUUACUGGGAAGGUGAUGUCUAUCAAGCCAUUUGGAGUUUUCGUUGACAUUGGAGCAUACACAGAAGGCCUUGUUCAUAUCUCCAGAGUAAGUGAUGGGUUCGUGAAAGAUAUAUCUUCCCUCUUCACUGUUGGACAAGAGGUGUCAGUCAGGUUGCUUGAUGCAAAUAAGGAAACGAAGCGUAUCUCUCUGACGAUGAGGGAAGAUGAUGACUACGUCAAGCCUAAAAAGGAAACACCUAAGGCUGCAAACGGUGGGCGCAGUGCCACCGCAACUCCAAGGCAAACAAGGGAAAGGCAGGAAGCCAAGGAGAUGGUCGAGCCAAAAUAUUUACCUGGUCAGUCUCUGAACGGCACUGUGAAAAGUACGACGAGAGCAGGGACAUUUGUGACAUUGCCUGAUGGGAGUGAAGGAUUCCUUCCCAGAGAAGAGGAAGCAUUAGCAUUGUUUACCCUUAUUGGACAAUCUGCAAUGGAAGUUGGUAAACAGAUAAGGGUUAAAGUACUGAAUGUAGCACAAGGUCAGGUCACUUUGACGAUGAAAGGGGUGGAAGAUGAUGAAGACGAUCUGAAGACGCUAAACAUGGAGCUUAAGCGGGACUGGUCCAGAGGGACCAAUGCAUUUGAGUUAGCUUUCCGUAGGAACAAGGAGAUCUCUGCAUUCUUGGAUCAGAGGGAAAAGACAAAAGUGCCAGAAGUACAAGCAGCUUCUGAGGAAAGUAGCGAAGAAUUGAGCUCUGUGUCAGAAGUAGCAACUGAUGUUCCUGCUCCUGUAUCUGAUGCCUCUUCUCAGGUGGGAAUCGAGGAUUCUACUUCUGUGGCAAAUGCUGCUGAGAACCAAACUGUAGAAUCUGAAAGCUCACCUGUAAUUAGUGUUGAACUGUCCUCCAACGGGGUCCCAGAUAGCACUAGUGUGUCUUCAGUUUCAGAAACUGUGGAGAAACCUGCUGAACCUGAAGAAUCUUCAGCAGUUGAAGAGGUCCUUGUAACUGCAAGUAGUGAGGUGGAGAAAGAACCAGCUGCUGCUGCUGCGGGAGUUGCACAAACAAGCACCACGACAGCCACUAUUUCUCCUGCCCUUGUCAAGCAAUUGCGUGAGGCAACUGGAGCAGGCAUGAUGGACUGCAAAAAGGCUCUUGCUGAAACGGCGGGUGACAUUGAUAAAGCUCAAGAAUUCCUACGAAAGAAAGGGCUGGCGGCUGCUGACAAGAGGGCCGGCAGAGCAACAGCUGAGGGAAGAGUUGGCUCUUACAUACAUGACAGCAGAAUCGGGGUCCUUAUUGAAGUGAAUUGUGAGACUGACUUUGUGUCCCGAGGCGACAUCUUCAAAGAGUUAGUUGAUGAUCUUGCCAUGCAAGUUGCUGCCUGCCCUCAAGUACAGUACAUCUCUAUUGAUGACGUCCCUGAGGAGUUUGUGAAGAAGGAGACCGAGCUGGAGAUGCAGAGGGAGGACCUUUUGUCAAAGCCCGAGCAGAUACGGGCUAAGAUCGUUGAAGGGCGUGUAAAGAAGAGGCUUGGAGAAUUUGCAUUGUUUGAACAGCCAUUCAUCAAGAAUGACAAGGUCACAAUAAGUGAGUGGCUGAAGCAAACUAUAGCUACAACCGGAGAGAAUAUGAAGGUCAAGAGAUUUGCCCGAUACAACCUAGGUGAAGGGUUGGAGAAGAAAAGCCAAGAUUUUGCUGCUGAAGUUGCAGCCCAGACAGCAGUGAAGGCGCCGCCAUCUGCUCCUCCGAAGGAUGACAAGCCUGCUGAAACAACAGAACCCGCUGAGAAGAAGCCGGCUGUUGCAGUUUCAGCUUCAUUGGUAAAGCAACUCCGAGAUGAAACCGGUGCUGGUAUGAUGGACUGCAAGAAAGCUCUGGCUGAGUCUGAUGGUGACCUUCAGAAGGCUCAGGAAUUCCUCAGGAAGAAGGGCCUCUCAUCUGCAGACAAGAAAUCUUCUCGGCUAGCUGCUGAAGGACUGAUUGGCUCUUACAUCCACGACAACCGCAUCGGAUGCAUGAUUGAGGUCAACUCCGAGACCGACUUUGUGGCUCGCAACGAGAAGUUCAAGGAGCUCGUGAAUGACCUUGCAAUGCAAGUGGUGGCAUGCCCACAGGUCGACUAUGUCUCAGUGGACAACAUCCCAGAGAGCAUCAUCAGCAAAGAGAAGGAGAUUGAGAUGCAGAGGGACGACCUGCAGUCGAAACCAGAGAACAUCAGGGAGAAGAUCGUCGAAGGGCGGAUAGCAAAGAGGCUCGGAGUGAUGGCCCUCCUGGAGCAGCCCUAUAUCAAGGAUGACAGCAAGACAGUGAAGGAUCUCGUGAAGGAGAUGAUCGCGUCGCUUGGGGAGAACAUCAAGGUGCGGAGGUUUGUCCGGUACACCCUGGGUGAGAACUGA